AAGAUAUAAAUGCUACAUGAAUAAAGUUCCAUCUGUAAACUAAAGUGUUAUCUGACCAAGUAAGUGACCAAGCAGGGGCGGGGGUCACGUUUUUACCUCCAUUAAUUCGCGUUUAAACCGUGUUUACUUAUUAAAUCGUUGUAUUUGAUGACUUAUGACUUAUUUGAUGACUCAUGUCUGUAAUAUGAACACAACUUUCAAAUAAACUUUAACUGCAAAGUUGUGGUGGGGGGCGGUCCAAGGCCAUGGAGCCAGACACCCUACAUGGGCGUGCUUCAAAAUCUACGUCGACGUUGGUGGUGAUCCCAUUUGACGCACUCAAGCAGAUCGUUUCUGAUAUAGAGGAACCACAACAAGCCGCGGUCGUUCUGCGGUCGGACUGCUGAGAUGACAACGCUGUGACAGUGUGUGUCCAAGUGUGUCGGUGCCGGACCAAUUCCUGACAUGGCUGCUGCAAAAAAGAGUUGCUCGAAGGCGGGAGGCGUGCGCUUCUCGGAGGACCCGCCCACCGCCGCCGCCGCCGCCGGUCCCCCGUCACACGUUCACUUCGACGAGAAGCUGCACGACUCCGUCGUCAUGGUGACCCCCGAGGACGACGGCAACUUCAUGGUCAAGGUCGGCUUCCUGAAGACGCAGCACCGCUACGAGCUCGUCUUCACGCUGCCCGAGGUCCCGGCUCUGGGGAAGGACGUGUGUCCGGCGCCGGUACCCGGGCCACACCUCCGGAUCACCGAUAUCACGCCGGCACCGGAGGGAGGUCUGAAGGUGACCUGUGAGUACCUGGCCCAGCAGGAGGGCGUCCUGUGUGAGGAGGUGCUGCUGCUGAGCGAGACCAACCAGGACGUCUGUGUGAAGGUCAAAGUUCACGCCAGAGUCAUGGAUCGUCAUCAAGGCACCCCGAUGCUGCUGGAGGGCGUCCGCUGCGUCGGCGUGGAGCUGGAGUACGACUCUGAGCACAGCGACUGGCAGGGGUUCGACUGAAGCUCGAGCUCAGUGCACACACACGCACACACACACACACACACACCAAAUUAAAACACACACCAAAUAGGAACAAAAGAGUAGAUCCAAAAGAGACAUUCCUCCCUGUCUUCUUUUUGACACCCCUAAGCUGUUGUUUCCUUCCUGAACCGCGAGAGGACAGCAGCACUCUCUGACUCGGCCUUGCGUCUCUUUUCUCCGCCUCUUGUUCUCCCUUUUCCUUAAAGUUCAAACUGAACGUGAAGUUCCAGGUGAGGGAGUAAACAAGGGCUCUUUUUUAAUCCAGUAGGGAGCUGAAAGCGAUCCAGAGGAAGCAGAAUACAUCUGCACGCGUCAAGGGAGGAGAGCAAUGUGCCUGUAAUGUCUCUGUCUCACCACACGGGGGCGCUGCAGUUACACCUCUGGAUGUAACACUCCUCCUGGUCACAUUUCUGCAUUUCUUUCUUUUUUUAAAGGUGCAAAUUACACUGCCAUCUAUCUUCUACUUCCGUGUUCAUCCUCUGCAUCUUCGUGGAUAUUAUAUUAUGAAACAUUUGUGUAAAAUAGUGCAUCUGGAAAGAAUCUUAAGUUUUACAUCUGUGCUCUCAAACCGUGUUGUUGUUGUUUUGCUGCAGACAUUUGUUUGUUCGCCUCUUUCCAUAGAAUCAAAGAAAAGAAAUUAAAUAGAUCCGUUCAACAAUUAGUUGCUUCAUUGAUGUCGAGCAGCAAAUACAUCAACCUGCUGCGUUUCUCAUAAUCAAUUUAGUGAUUUGUAUUGUUCAAGGUGAGAAAUAUUCUCUGGUUCCAGCUUUGCAAACGUCCAAUUUUAAUUCAAAUUUGACAUAUAUUUGGACAUUUAGUCCGACAAAACAGAGAAAUUUUAAAAAAAGUGUAUUAUCUAUUAGACAGACCAAAACUAUUGAUUACAUUCAUGACUUUCUGGAUUAGUUGAUUGAGAAUAAAGAACAAUUUCACAUUUGAAUACGUAUUUUAGGUUGAUUCUUCCUCUUCAUUAAACCGGCUGCAGCUGGUUCAGAACAAUCUGGGUGGUUUUUCUUUUGAAUUCACGAAGCCUUCAGAACACGCGUGUGACGCUAAGUGCCUUUUUUAAUUUGUACCCCUCCUCACACACACACACACACACACACCAGACCAACACGUGGUUGUGUUUCCCGGGGUAAGGCCUCCACUCCCACAGGUGAAUCGGACUCUCCCUCCCAACGCUCUCGUCCCAGUAGAGGAAUUCAAACGUCCUCUCGGCUCUGAUUCAUCUACAUGUGAUUUUUUUGUUUGCUUUUUAUUGCAUUUGUUAAGUUCAACACAUCGGCCUUAGAGGAAGCGACGCUGUGUGUGAUUUAUCAUCGCCGCGGCAGGUUUGAUGGGUUUAUUUGAUGUCUGCUCGCAGGUCACGAGGUCAAAGUGUGAAGCUGAAACGAUCACUAGUCAAACCGUGUCAAGAAUGUAGCAGCGUGUUUGUUCAUACCUGUGUGUGAGGUUUUUAUUUGUCCAACAUUAAUGAAUAAAACACGUGUGUUUGA